CCAUGGACCGGAACUACCCCGCGGCCGGGUUCGGGGACCCCUUGGGGGCUGGGCCCGGGUGGAGCUACGAGCGCUCGGCCAAGGCCAGCCUCGUGUACGGGGGGUCCCGGGCGCCGCACGCGGAGCCGGAGCUGCUCCCCCGGCAGCCGUACGGAGCCCCCCACCCGCUGCAGGGCUACGGCCCCAACCAUCACCCCACAGGGCUCCCGGGGCUCUUUGAGCCGGGGCUGCACCACGCCGGGGCCGCGGCUCCGGACGCCUCCGUCAUGAACCUGAUCUCGGCGCUGGAGCCGCGGCCCCAACCGGGCCCGGCCGCGUCCUCGCUGCUCUCCCAGUUCCGCAGCCCCUCCUGGCAGACCGCCAUGCACACCCCAGCACCGGCCGAACUCUUCAUCUCUGGCGCCCUUCCCGGCUCCGGCACCUUCCCGGCUUCAUCCGCCCUCGGCGCUUACCAACACCCGGCCCCGUUCCCGGCACGGAGCUUCCCGGUGAGCUCGGCCCUCACGCUCCCGGAGCCUCCCUUCAGCCCCGGUUCCAACGGCCUCCUCCCCCACGACCCCUUGCUGCACAUCAAACCGGCUCAAGCCCCGGUGCCGCCGCCGCCGCCGCCUCCGCCGCCUCCGCCGCCGCCUCCGCCGCCACCGGCGCUGGGCUUCGAACGCUUGGGCACCGCGGUGCUGGGUUCGGCGUUGCCGGCGCAGAGCCCCGCGUACCGCGGCGCCGCCGGCGCCUCCCAGUUCAACCUGCUCUCGGCUCCCUUGGCCGAGCAACCGGCGCAGCUCUACAACGCCUCCGUGUUCGGCGGCGCCGGCGAGCGCGCCGUGCCGCGCCAGGACAGCGUCAUCAAGCACUACCAACGCCCGCUGCCCAAGGCCCACGGCCUCCAGCAUUACCUGAGCUGCGGGGGCUACCAACAGAUGCCCCCGCACCGCGGCGGGGCCUUGGCCUGCAGCCCUUUGGGCGAGCAGAGCCCCGGCAGCGCCGAAGCCACCCAACAGGCGAGCAAAGGCGGUGCCGUGGUGCCGCGGCCGGAGCCGGCGCCCAGUUACCGGCCCAUCAUCCAAUCGCCGGCUUAUUCCGGCGGCAACGGCGCCAACGCCAACGGCGCCAACGGCGCCAAACAGAGCUACUCGGCGGCGCGGCAGACGCCGCGCUCCACCGCCACCCCCAAGUGCCAAAGCAGCUUCAGCACCAGCACCCCCAAAGCCAGCUCCGUCAUCUCCAGCCAUUCGGCCUAUUCCCCGUUGGCUCUGGGGCCGGGGGCUGCUUACGGGGCCAGCACCGCGCCGCCGCCGCCGCCACCCGCCGGGGGGCAAAGCGGGGGCCCGGCCUGCGUGGGGCAAGGCCAAGGCUUCUCGCCGGAGCAGCUCCAAGCGCUUCCCUAUGGGGUGCAGGCGGAAGUGGGGUCUUUGUCCUAUAGCACCGGGCAUUCCCCGGCCGUGCCGGCGCCGCUUCCCUAUAGCCCCGCUCCCAGCAUCCGGCCCUUGCAGUCGCCGCCGGCGGCGCGGAGCUCGCCGGGGCAAUCCCAGAAGUACCUGGGCUCCGUGCUCUCGCCCUCCUUUAUGGCACCGGGAUACGGAGCGACGACGCCGGGCACGGCGCCGGCCCCGGCGGCCGUGGAGCGGGCUCCAGCCUUCGGCAAAGGCACCAAAGGGGACGCCGAGCUGUUGGGCGCCGAGCGGAGCGAGGAUGAGGACUUCUUGAUCCAGCACCUCCUGCAGGCCCCUAGCCCCCCAUCGAGGGGGGAGCCCUUAGGGGGCGGCUGCGAGGAGCGCGGCGCCGGCGCCAAGAGCAUGGCGACGGGUUACGGAGCCUUGGCCAAGGCGGAAGAGCGUUACCAGUUACAGAGCGUGAUCCGGCCCAAUUCCAACCUGGAGGCGCCCUUGGAGUUGGCGCUCUUGAAGGAGAAGAAGAAGCCGGAGCGAGGCAAGGAGUACCGGAGCGCCGGCAACGGCGCCGAGGGCUUGGCGGCCACCUCCGUGGUCCAUUACGGCCACCAAGCGGCGGCGUUGGACUCCUACGAGCUGAAGAAGCCCGGCGCCAAGGACAUGGGGCAGCCCCACGGUUACUUAGCCAAGACCCCCGAGCACGGGCGUUUGGUGGCCGAACCCCCCCCUUUGGAACCCCAUGGGCUCCUCCUAGACCCAGCCCCUGAGCUAGGACCGGUGCAAGUGGGGCCGGUGCCGGGGGGGGCAGCGGCUCUGUUGCCCUCCGUCCUCACCCAUACCCAGAGCCAACUCCAUCCCCGCGCCAAAGCCCGGCCCCAGCUCGACGUCCACCUCUUGGAGCAGCAACGGAUGCCGCCGCCGCCACCGCCGCCGCCUCCACCGCCACCGCCGCCAUCAGCCCCACCAGCACCGGCCCCCCCGGCUGCCCCGUCCCCGCAGCUGCUCUUGGACGCCCAUCACCUGCACCAGGCCCACGUGCGCGGCGGGCAAGGCCUGGAGCCGCCGGCGCCGUUGCCGCCGGAGCCUAUGGAAGUCUUGCCGGCUCCUCAAGAGAUCCAAGACUUCCUGGAGCCUCCUUUGGGUUUGGAACCUCAUUUAGGGCAAGCCGGAGCGGUCCAAGGCCCGCCGGGGCAUCUCUUGGACCCCGACGGAGGAGCCCCAUCGGUGACGGCGACGCCGUUGGAAGGCAAGGACCAGUUCAGCGAAGGGGGGAGCCCGGCGGGGGGCAAGAACCGCUUCGUGCCCUUGACUUCCAUCUGCUUCCCGGACGCUCUCCUCCAAGACGAAGACCGCGGCUUCUUCCCCGGCAUGGAGGACAUGUUCGGGCCGGCCCCGGAGGACUUCCCCAAGGCGACGGAGGAAGAGGAGGAAGAGGAAGGCGCCGGCGGCUUGGAGGGGCGCGGCGACGCCUUGAAGCCUCCCCCGUACGACAUGGGAGGCCCGGCCUACCCUUCGUUCUGCGCCGCGCCGGCCGCCGCGCCGCCGCUGCCUUUGGAGCCCCCCAAGCACGAGUUGCCGUCGACGGUCAACGCGGAGCCCUUGGGUUUGAUCCAAGGCACCGAGAGCACCAAGCCGGCUCUGCCCACGCCGCUCUUCUGCUCUUCCAAACCCAAGAAGCUCCUCAAGACCUCGUCCUUCCACCUCCUGCGCAAGAGGGACCCCUUCCCGCCCCCCAAGAAGACCUACGCGCAGGAAUACGAGUUCCAGGACGACGAGGACAAAGCCGACGUCCCCGCCGACAUCCGCCUCAACAGCCGCCGUCUCCCGGACCUCCUGCCCGACCUCAUCUCGAGUUGCCGGGCUCGGCCCCCUCCUCUCAGCCCCAUUCCCGGCGGGGAUCCUUUGGCUUUCCCUUCGGCCGCCGCUACGGCCCCUACCCACCACCACCACCACCCUACGGCGCCCAAGAAGCGCGGGCGCAAACCCACCAAGCCCAAGCGCGAGGGACCCCCCCGGCCGCGGGGACGGCCUCGGAUCAGGCCUUUACCGGAACCCCCCCCGCCGCCGCCGCCGCUGCCGCCGUCGCCGUUGCCCCACGGGCUCCUCCUGCCCCAUCCCGACGCGGCCAAGAGGCCCCGCGGGCGAGGAAGGGGCCGGGGUAGGAAGGGAGGGGAAGAGGCAGGAGAUGGGAAUGGGAUGGAGGCGUUGAAGCCGCUCAAGCUCAAACUGGCCAUGGCCAAGGGCUCGGAGGCGCCGUUGCCACCGGAAGGCUCCCUCGGCAUUCCCGGUCUUCCCAGCACCGGCUCGGAGCCGGUGGCCUUGGACGCAUCCCAGACUCGGGAACGCAUCAAGCAGAAGAUCAAGGAGGUGGAGGAGAAGCAACCAGAGAUGAAGUCGGGGUUCAUGGCUUCCUUCUUGGACUUCCUCAAGGCCGGCAAACGCCAAGCGGGGCCUCCCAGCGCCGCCAGCCCCACCAAGAGCCACCGCGGUGCCGCCGGCGCCACCAGCACCACCAGCACCACCAAUCCCUUCCCAAUGGGAGGUCCCAUCCUGGCUGGCAGCUUGGAAGGGCCGGAAGGCGACGGAUUGGUCAUGGCUUGCCCCAGCCCUUGCAAGCGUUUGGAUGAGGAGCUCAAGAGGAACCUGGAGACGCUGCCGUCCUUCUCGUCGGACGAGGAGGAUUCGGUGAGCAAGAACCAGGACCUGCAGAAGAGCAUCUCCUCGGCCAUCUCGGCCCUCUACGACCCCAGCGACCGCAAGGACCCCGAGCUGGCGGGCGGCGGCGAUGGCGACGCCGAGCCGACGUCGCCGCGGCACCAAGGGGGGGGGUCCCCAGAGGCGGCUCAGGACCCACGGGCGCUGCACCUGGCGCAGAAGCAGGAUGCGGCCGCAGUGUGUGGGGACACGGAUGAGGAAGAGGAGGAGGCCGGGAGCGGAGGGGAAGGGAUCUAUAGGGAGAGGGAUGAGUUCGUGGUGCGGGUGGAGGACGUGCCGGCGCUGCGGCUGGCGCUGCAGACGGGCCGGGAGCCCCCGCCGAUCUGGCGCGUGCAGAAGGCGCUGCUGCAGAAAUUCACCCCCGAGAUCAAGGACGGGCAGAGGCAGUUCUGUGCCACCAGCAACUACCUGGGUUACUUCGGGGACGCGCGGCACCGGUACCAGCGCCUCUACGUGAAGUUCCUGGAGAACAUCAACAAGAAGGACUACGUGAGGGUGUGCUCCCGGAAACCAUGGCAACGGGGACCCCCGGGCAGGCGCCAACCCCACCCCAAGCCCAGCACCCCCAAACCUCCCCCCCCCCCCAAAGCUGACCCCCCCGAGAAGCCCCCCCCU